AUGUCGGAGCCAUUGGACAGUCAUAAUCGAAAGAAAAGAAGAGUGAAACAAGCAUGCGAUUACUGUCGGUCAAAGAAAGCUAAAUGUGAUGGAAAGACUCCAGUAUGUUCGACAUGUGUUGCUAAUUCUGAGAGCUGUACAUAUACCCAGUCAUCAAAACGAAGGGGAUUGCCUACAGGUUACACGCAUGACUUAGAAAAGAAGGUACUAUUAUUCCAAGCUUUAUUUGCCAGCUUAAUGAAUGGAAAUCAACCAGAUUCUCAAAAUGGUGGAUUAGAGAAUCACUUAUUGAAAUUGCUUACUGAUCCUUUAGAAGCACAGAAUCUCAUUAGGAAUAUAGGCAGUCUUCAAGUAUUAUGGGACAAUCACGCAUUAUCUGAUAUGUUUAAUCAGUUUAUAAUAGAGAACAACUCUAGUGUCCAUGACGCAAAGAAUUGUACAACAGGAUUGACUUCACUUUCAAAUGCACAUCAGCAGCAACAACAGCAUCUGGAUAUGAAUCUUGUUUCAAAUCCUACAAGCUUCAGUACGUUGCUUAAUAACCCACUUUUCAACGUCAGUAAUGGUAAAAUGACACAAGAUUAUAAUCUUGUAAAUGACCCAUCAUACUUUUUGAAGGAUGAUAUAUUCCAAUUUAUCUCUGACGAGUUGGAGGACACAAAGGACAACUGGGAGCCAGUUGCUUUACAAUACCAUGGUUUGUCAUCUUUAAUUUCAGGAUUCACUACAAAAUCUAUUCAACAGUAUAACAACAAGCUUCUUUUGAAGCAGAAAAACCCGUUUAGAGUUGGAUCUAUAUUUAACGUAUCCUCUGCGGCAAUAACAGCAUCAAUAGCCAACACCAUAAAAUUACCAAUAGAAAUAUUUCAAUUUCCUGACAAUCUAAGAAAAUUAGUUGACUGCUAUUUCCAGAUAUAUCAUACUUGGCUUCCUAUGUUGGAUAGAUUGUCCAUUAUUAGGCAAAUCCACCAUUUACAAUUUUUGGGUAAUAAUACUAAUUCGUCAUCUUUCCAAGCAUCAGACUGUAACUUGAUUGCAUUAUUAUGGGCUAUUAUUGCUCUAGGAAAAGCAGGAACUUCAAACAAUUCUUCAAAUGAUAGAUCUGCGAAUGCAAUAUCAGAAUCUUAUGCUAAAAAUGCCAUUAUGGCCCUCGAAAAUUCAUUAACUUCUACAAUCGAAACAAUUCAAGCAAUGUUAUUGCUAGGUCUUUAUUAUUAUCAACAAGGAGAAUGGGAUUAUUCUUGGGUAUUGAUAUCAUCUUCAACUCGUAUGGCCCUAGAUGUUAGACUCAUGACACCCGCAACAUCAAAUAAUGACGAUAACAAUCAACAGCUUAAAAAAGAAACAGGAUCGGAAACACCCCAACAGUCUACUACGUUAGAUAAAAUUAUCCGUGAGAGAACUUGGUCUACAGUUUAUGUUAUAAAUACAUUAUUGGCUGCAAGAAUGGGACGUACCCCAUUGAUUCGAGCUAUGGAUUGGCCAGUUCCAACUGUUAAUUCCGAUGGUUGGGAGGAAUGGGAAUCUUGGAAAUCUUAUCAUACUCCUAAUGUAUUAGAGUUGGACAGCGGAAGAUGCUUACUGACGUUCAAUCAAUUUAUAAAGGUGGUAUCUGUUUUGAAUUUGGCUAUAACAUGCACGGUAGAUACUUCAGAAGAUACGUUGGCUAAUGAUCAAAGUGCCGAUAAUGAUAAACUGCAGAAAGUUACAAACAAGGUAGAGGUGCAAGGUGGUUUGAAUAAAUAUACUUUGGCAUAUUUCGACAAACUGCUUGAUGAAUGCUUAUCUGGACUUCCCGACUAUUGUAAAACUGAGCAUUUUCCAUCCUCAGAAAAAAUUCCCCCAAUGGUAGCUUUAUUACAUUUAAGUUUUAACUUGACUUGGUGCAUUUUAGCCAUAAGAUUAAGUGCACUCAAGACUACUGAAAGAGGCGAAACUAUUAAAGAUAAGAUUAUAAAAUUCCGUGAUCAAAAGUACACGAAGUCUGUCAAGUCAAUACGUGAAUUGGUUAAUGUUAAUACAAUCAAGAACUUGAAGUACUAUCCAUUCAUAGACCAUUUUAUUUUAAUGGGAUUUAACUUUUCCAAAAUGAUGAUUUUCGAUAGCAAAAAUCAUGACAAUAAUGAAGCGUUGAAAAAUAAUCAUGUUGAACAAUUUCGAAGUCUAUUGGUGAAUGCCGCCUUAACCUCUAUUCCUUGCAAAAUAUCGUGGGAUUUGUAUAAAAUCAUGAAUGGUAUUACUGAUGACCUACUACCAUCCAUGUCUCGCGAUUCAAACACUAUGGGUACGAGAAAAAAGAGUCACUCUACUGGUCAUAAUCAAAAAGUACAGGGUGAACCAUUUGGAAUGCCUGCUAGUGCACAAUCUCCAUAUUCGGAAAUUUUCAACCAAGUUGGAAGUUCCAGCUUUUCACCGAUGUCUACGAAUACUCAAGGAUUACCAGGAUCUAUAAAUACACCUACCACAAUGACAUCAUCAGAUAGUAAAGAUUUAUCUAUAAUUGAUACCUCAGAACCCAAGGAUGCCAAUUUAAAAACAAUACAUGAAGGUUCAGGUAUUGCUAGUGACCAUUCAUUAUUAGAAAAAUCUGCCAUGCCAUUUAGCACUUCACAAUUACGAAGUAAUGCAUAUAUUGGUAAUUCAAAUCCUUUCAAUCCUUUGUCUGGUGGUGUUCAUGUUAAAUCUGAAACACAGAGUCAACCGAAGUAUACGUCUAAUGCGAUACAAGCUCCUAGAGAUGAAUUGGAUUUAUUUAUGUUGGAUACUGAUUUCGCAAGAAAUGAUGCAAGAUUAGACAAAUUUAUGAGAAAUUUAGGUUAUAUUAAUAACAACAAUACCGGUGAUAAUCAAAAUAAUAAUUUUGAAGACUUUAAAAGGUUAGCAGGAAAUUCUAACGAGAAGAUGUUCACCCAAGCAGCUGGACUGCCUAUGUCUUAUUCAGGCAAUGCUUCAAAUAAAAAUGGUCAAGAUGCUGAAUUGCAAGAAUAUUUACAGAAAAUAACGGAGAAAAAUACUUAG